GUGUCAUCAGGAUUCUCGCCGUGUUUCCCCUCACUCGGUCGUCCUCAAUAUGUGUUUCGAAGAGUAGAAGUUUCGGAAGUCUUCAGACCAAAGACUCUAGAUAUGAAAUGCUGCUCUUAUUCCUUUCAUCCUGCAUUGCUGUAUCAUACCUAUGACAAGUCUAAGGCCUCGUUGUUUCCAAGCAGUCAUGAAGCUCUACCUAGCAGCGACGUUGUUGUUCGGAGCGAGCUUUGUCGGUUGCCAAUCAUCUGACCUCGCUCUCCGCCUCAUAACCUUCAACAUUCGCUGGGCCACUCCCGACCCAGGAACCAACGAGGCACCCUGGGCCACCCGCCGACCUCAUCUCUUCUCCCAGCUCAACUACGAAACCGCAGCCCGGCCCGAGUCCCUGGUCUGCAUGCAGGAAGUAGUCGAAGAACAACUCCUCGACAUCGCUCAAGACCUCGGACCAGCCUGGGGCCACGUCGGUGUCGGCCGUGACGAUGGCGUCGCUGCCGGGGAGUUCUCGCCGAUCUACUACCAGCCGGGCACCUGGAGCCUCGUGGAUAACCGAACGUACUGGUUGAGCGAGACGCCCGAUGUUCCCGGGUCCACGGGCUGGGACGCUGCGCUACCGCGCAUCGUCACCGUCGCGUCUUUCCGGCAUGUUGAGAGUGGACUGCCGCUGGUGUAUAUGUGUACGCACUUUGAUCAUGUGGGCCAAGUUGCAAGAGAGCAUAGUGCAGAGCUGUUGGUCAGCUUGGCGAAAGAGUGGGAGAACUCGACAGAGGGGGCUGUGCCGGUAUUUCUGGGCGGCGACUUGAAUAUUGAGCCGGAUAACGCGGCUUAUCGGAUCCUGAUUGCGGACGGGAACUUGUAUGAUAUUCAGGAUGUGGUUUCUGAGUCUAGGAGGCUGGGGUAUUCGAAGACGUAUACUGCUUUCACGGACGAUCUCUCGGACGAUACGUUUCUUGACCACUUGUUUGUGCGCGAUCCGACGGUCAGAGGGAUGGACUUUUUGACUCAUGCGGUUCUGCCGAAUCAUUUUGACGAUGGCGUGUAUAUAUCUGACCACAGGCCUGUCGUCGCCGAUGUUAUGAUCAGUGUGUAGAUCAAGGGGGAUUUACAAGUCAUGGUAACAAUACUUAUGCACUGACUUACAUAGUUGAGUGCUACAUUUGGUAAUCUUAGCCCACGGCUCUCGAGGUUUGACGCAAGAUGGUCUGCUUGAUAGUUGAAGCCGCGGGUCGGGGAACUGAGGC